UCGAUUACUCUCUCGUUUGCUUUUACUUCCACUUUGACCCAUCACUCAUCUCUUCCAAGUCUCACUUUCACAGGCCUUCUUUUCCGGCCCUUCUCCUCUCGCUGAAUUGCAUUGAACCUUUCUCUUCGUUUUCAUCGUCAUCAACAAUUCUCAGCUCGCCUUUCUUUCUAGGCAGAUACGAUCGUCAACAUGUCACUUCUAGCAUCUGACACAUCUACUCCAACCCUCCCGCGUAUACCCUCCAAAGCAGUCUCCGUUCUGUCCAAGAAGCCGUCCAAUGCGUGUUUCGGUGGUGUUGUGACCAUCGAAGUCGGCGCUGAAAAGAAAGCUUUCGUCAUUCACAAGGAUUUACUCAGUUACUAUUCCGACUACUUCCGUGCCGUGUUCAAUGGAUCGUUCAAAGAGUCAGUCGUGAGAAAGCUGUGUCUCGUUCACGAGGAUGUGGAUGUUUUCGAUAUCUUUAACGCCUUCGUCUACACCAAUCAACUCCGCGACAAGAAUGGCGUGAUCGGCAAGGACCUCUCGACUUUCAUGUUGGUUCGUCUCUGGUUAUUUGGCGAGCAGCACCUUGUGCCCGCUCUCCAGAAUGCGGCUGCCGAUGCUUUGAUGGAAAGAAUGGCAGAGUACGACAAGUCGCCUUUCAGCAUCAUGACUCACAUCUACGCUCUGACGAUUGAUGGUAGCCCGCUCCGAAGACUUGUGAUUGAUUCGCAGGUCCACAGAGCAGCCUGCAACAAGGAUCAUCUUGCGAAGUGGCCGCAGGAGGCAUUGGUCGAUCUCGCUAUGGCAUUCUCGGAUAGAACCCCUACGUCACGUAAGGGCUCUAAAAUCCCUGUCAGUCAUGACAAAUGCUGCUAUCAUGUUCAUUCUGAGGGAGAGCAUUGCUAGAUGAGGAAGUGUCGUACAGGAAGACGUGCACUGGGGGAAAGUCUCAGGAAUUCGACCACAAUUUGUGGUUUCACCCACGCCCCACCGCCUGACGGACAAGUUGCACUCAAGCAACCAACUAGUUUACAUAGUUGCUAUCAUUCCUGAUCUGCCAACUAAAUCCAUCAUUAUCGACAAAUCUGCCAAAUCCAUUAAAUCAUCGAACCAUUGGGCUCUUGAGGCAAAGAGUCCAGGGAAUGCCCUCAUCACGCCCACCCGUCUUAGGAACAA